AUGAGCACAUGUCGAUGGUGUACACCUAGUGGUUCUGACACCACUGAGUUCCUGAAGAGCUAUGCUUCGAAACAGUUGUCGCCGGAUGAUGUUGAAGGAUCCAAUGAUGAUCUCUGUUACUGCCUGGAGUGUGUGGUUGAAUACCACAAAGCAAGGGAAAAAUUGCCAAGGCUGCAUGAGGUCCUGUGGGAGCUGGAAACCUCCCGUCUUGUUGCCCACAUUGAGAAAUCCAUGCGAGAAGAAGCUGGAGAAGAUGAUGAGUUGUUUAUAGUGAAUGAGGAUGGAGAGACACAGCUAUCUGGCUAUGUGGGCCCAGAUUUUGAGAAUAACCUGCGUGUUCCCCUUCUAGAAAUACUGAAAUACCCGUAUCUGCUGCUGCACGAGAAAGUCAGUGAGCUGUGUGUAGAAGUGCUCUGUAGAAUGGAACAAAGUCACAACUCCUUUCAGGUUUUUGAGAAAUACCCAGGAAUUUAUCUCUUUUUGGUUCACCCGAAUGAAGUAAUUCGUCGAUGGGCUGUCCUAACAGCAAGGAAUUUAGGGAAGGUUGACAGGGAUGAUUAUUACGACUUACAGGAAGUGCUGACUUGCUUGUUCAAAGUUGUUGAGUUGGGGCUUUUUGAGAGUCCAGAUAUUUACAGCUCUUCCAUGAUUGAAAAGGGUAAACUCAUCCUUCUGCCAUCUCAUUUAUAUGAUGCUGCCAACUACAAGAACUAUUGGCUAGGGAUUUGUAUGUUGCUAACCGUGCUGGAAGAACAAGCUAUGGACUCUUUGUUACUGGGCCCAGACAAACAAAAUGAUUUCAUGCAGUCUAUACUUCACACCAUGGAGAAAGAAGCAGCUGAUGAUUCUACUGACCCCUUCUGGCCAGCGCUGCAUUGUUUCAUGGUUAUUUUGGAUCAGCUCGGAUCUAAAGUAUGGGGUCAGCUUAUUGAUCCUGUCCAAGCCUUUCAAACCAUUAUCAACAGUGCGAGCUACAACAAUGAAAUAAAAAAUAUACGCAGUAGCUUUAAGAGGACCAAAUCUGAACCGGAGUCAGAUCACAGUGAUGACAUAGUUACUUGCAGUCAGAUUGUGUAUAACUAUAACACAGAAAAGCCUCAAAAGGAUACUGGGUGGAAGACUGCCAUUUGUCCAGACUACUGCCCCAACAUGUAUGAAGAAAUGCAAACGCUGGCUAACGUGCUUCAGUCGGAUAUCGGCAGAGAUAUCCGUGUCCAUGACAGCACGUUUCUGUGGUUCAUCCCUUUUGUUCAGUCUCUUAUGGAUCUCAAGGACUUGGGUGUAGCAUAUAUAGUAGAAGUCAUUCACUACCUCUGCUCGGAAAUCAAAGAGAUUCUCAAUGAAAGAAUCCAGCAGUGUGACAAAAUCUCUGAAUUUUUUCUCCUGAUCUUGGUGUCGAUUAUUGAACUACACAGAAAUAAAAAGUGCCUGCAUCUGCUGUGGAUUAGCUCCCAAGAAUGGGUGGAAGCAGUGGUGAGAUGUACUAAGCUUCCAGCUAUAGCAUUUACACGGUGCACUGAAAAAGCAUCUGGACACUGCGUGAGAGGUUCAUCAGCAGUAUCUUUACAAGCUUCUAACUCUGUGCAGCACGCCUGUGUGCAGCUGAUACGCAGCCUUCUUAGAGAAGGCUAUCAAAUUGGGCAGCACGCUCUUUGCAAGCAAUACCUAGACAAACUCAAUCUUCUUCUGCGAGGAAAUCUGUCUUUAGGCUGGCAGCUGAACAUCCAGGAAACCCAGGAAUUACAAAUGUGUUUAAAGCAAGUUAUAAGAAGUAUAAAGGAUAGAGCAUUAAAUACCUCUGUGUCUAAAAAUGAAGAUGACAGUAUUUUGCUUUCAGGGAUUAGUGACACCUCAGUGAAAAAAGUAUCCACUGAAGAAAAAUCAAGUUCAUUGUUGCAGUCAGCGCUUAAGAAAGACACCGAUAUGCAAACUUCAGACCGGGAACAGCCUGAUUUAAAUGACUUGGUUAAAUAUGACCAGUAUUUCAAGAGAGAAAACAAUUCAGUGAGGAAGAAAGAGGAGGAUUUUGCGAAGGUGGCUUCUGAAGAUAAUACUUUAACAGAUUCACAAGUUGAUAGAGAGCUCAGUAGAUUAUCUCUAGCUGCAUAUGCCAAAAGUGUCAAUUUUCCCUUUGAUUCCAGCCAAGAAAGCUCAGUACAUCAUAAUGUAUGUGAUAUUAAAAGGAAAGUGAAAGGUGCUGAAGACUGUGGCUCUCAGUACUUUGAAUUUGAAACAGAAGGUGAUGUCUUUUCAGUUUGGGAAGAUACUCAAGCAUACAUAAUGGAAGCCACUCAGGAGUAUAAACAAGAUCGUGUUUCGGCGUCGGCGUCAAUGCCAGCUGUGGUUCCUCCAAGGAAAGUUCGGCAGUGUCCUGCACCAACAUCAAUUGUAGAAAAACUUGGGCUGAAGAAGGCACCCCGCAAAGCAUUUGAGUUAUCCCAGCGCUCUUCAGAGAGCCUAGCUCAAUUGCGCAGCCAUGGUAAAGCUGCAGGGAGAGUUGGAGUUCCACUGAAACGGAAGACUAAAGAAAUUGCUCCUCAGAGUUUGUUUAUAAAGCAUAAUAAAAAAUUUCUAGCCUGCCAAGACCGUCAGUAUUUAAGGCAGAGCAGGCCCAAAAAAAGUGAAAACAGUGAAGAUGAUGAUGAUGAUGAUUUAUUUUUAACUCAGUUAGAUCCUGUGGAUAUGGAAUUAUGUUCCCAGGAGGAGAGUGUUCAAGAUACUACUAUAGCUAGUAAAAAACCAGAGGAUAUGGAUACUGCUGAAAACCUUCAGCAGAAUGAAUCCUUCCCUAUUGAUAAAUGUAAGUACAAAGACUGUACAGAAAAAGUGGAAAAACCAGGAGAGUGCUGCAGUAAGCAUUCAGCCACCAGCUCAGAAGCAGAUCACUUGUUUGCCAAACCUCUCCUGCCACCUUCUAAAACAAGAAAGCCUUCCACUACCAAAAUUUUCAGCUCCACAAGUUCUUCACGGAAUGCAGCCUUCAGCAAGGAUCUCGAAGAUGUUAAAAAGCCACCACCAGCUUCAAAAAGCAAAGUGAAUGCGGCGAAACUGGUGCGUGAUCAUAGUAUUUUUGUUAAUGAAGUCCUAAAAUGGACUUACGAAAUGUUUGCAAGCAGCCAGUUUGGACCUCCAAGUAAUCUCCUGCAGUCCGUAGUAGCCUCUGUUCCUGUCCAAUUUCAGGGAUACAAUGACUAUUUUAAUACAUUUUUCCCCUUGAUGAUGCUAAAUGCCUUUGAAACACUGGCACAAGACUGGAUAGAACACCAGAGGGUAAAAGAGAAGAGUUACUACUUCUACUUACAGAACUUCUGUGCUGACUUGAAUACAGCAGAUUUUACAGCUCAUUUUCAAGAAAGUGAUUUGGCAAGGCAACUUCAUCCAAAGGAGGAUGACUUAAUCUUUUUGGUGGUCCAAAAGAAAAAAGACACGUUUAGGGAAGAAAGUGAGAUGGAGAACCACAUGGUGAAUCACGUUGGUCUUGUGACACGAUUUUCUUCUGCGUCUGGCUGUUUAACUAGACAAAAGGAGCAGCAUACUGUCUGUCAUCUUUCUGUGCAAACUCGAGGCAAUUUGUCAUUCUUCAUAAAUAAGCAAGUGAAGUGUGUGGUGGUUGGCUCCCUGGUGACCGUACACCGAACGUUCAAAGGUCUGCUGCUAUUGAGCAGGAGUCCCCUGGCUAAACCCAUCAUAAAUCCAAGCUACAAUGACUUCUGUCCCAGAGAUUUGCCCAUGGCUUCAGAAAGAUGUGCUGCAUCGUAUAUGAACGAAUAUAAUGAAGAUCAAAAGAGAGCCAUUGAGACAGCUUAUGCCAUGGUAAAGCAACAUCCUGGGCUUCCCAAGAUCUGCCUCAUCCACGGACCUCCUGGAACAGGGAAAUCAAAAACUAUUGUUGGACUUUUGUGUCGUGUUUUGAGAGAAAACACUAGGAAUGAGAAAACGCGAAGACCAAAUUCCAAGAUCAAGCCAAACCGUUUUCUAGUUUGUGCACCCUCAAACGCUGCUGUUGAUGAACUCAUGAAAAAGAUCAUCGUUGCAUUUAAGGAAAAAUGCCAAAACAGACAGGAGCCUUUGGGAAAUUGUGGUGAUAUCAAAUUAGUGCGACUUGGUGCUGAAAAAGCAAUCAACAGCGAAGUCCGGGGAUUUAGCCUGGAUAAGCAGGUUGAACAUAGGAUGAAACGAAAGCCAGCUGACUGUGACCAGGAUAUUCAGAAGAGAAAAGCAGCUCUGGAUCAAAAGCUAGACAUGCUGUCUCGUGAGCGUGCCAGGCACAGAUGUGGGAAGAGGGAGAGUCAAAUGUUAGAUGAUGAAAUUGGCAAGCUUUCAAAGGAGAGACAACAGCUUGCUUCUCGAGUAAAGGAGGUUCGGGGGCACUCUCAGAAAGUACAGGCAGAUAUCAUCUUGGAGUCCGACAUCAUCUGCUGCACACUGAGCACAAGUGGAGGAGGUCUGCUGGAAUCUACCUUUCUGCGGCAAGGACUUGAUCCUUUCAGCUGUGUCAUUGUGGAUGAGGCAGGGCAGUCCUGUGAAGUGGAAACGCUGAUUCCACUGAUCCAUCGCUGUAACAAACUCGUCCUUGUUGGAGAUCCCAGACAGCUUCCUCCUACAGUAAAAUCAGUGAAAGCUCAGGAAUACGGCUACGAUCAGUCCUUGAUGGCCCGCCUGCACAGGCACCUGGAGGAGCAAGUGCAGAAGAACGUUUUGCGAAGCCUGCCCGUUGUGCAGCUGACUGUGCAGUACAGGAUGCACCCCGACAUCUGCCACUUCCCCUCCAACUAUAUUUAUGGCAGGACUCUGAAGACUGACAGAGCAACAGAAGAGAGCAGAUGUUCUUCAGAAUGGCCAUUCCAGCCCUACCUUAUUUUUGAUGUAGCAGACGGUUGUGAGGAGCGAGACAAUGACUCUUUUAGUAAUCCUCAGGAAGUAAAGCUGGUGAUGGAAGUAAUUAGAACAAUUAAAGAAAAAAAGAAGGAUCUGGGUUUUCGUCGCCUCGGAAUAAUUACCCCUUACAGCGCACAGAAAAAGAAAAUUCAAGAACAAAUGGACAGAGUGUUUAGGAAUAACAGCCCAGGAGAAGUGGACACAGUGGAUGCAUUCCAGGGACGUGAGAAAGACUGCAUCAUAGUGACGUGUGUCCGGGCAAACAACACUAAAGGGUCAAUUGGGUUUCUGGCGAGUCUUCAGCGUCUGAACGUUACAAUUACCCGAGCCAGAUUCAGCCUCUUCAUCCUUGGAAGACUGGAAACGCUUAUGGAAAAUGGGGACUGGAAUGAGUUGAUUCAGGAUGCUCAUAAAAGAGGUGCCAUUAUCAAGACAUCAGAAGAAAACUACAAGAGAGACGCUGUUAAGAUUUUGAAGCUCAGGCCAACAUGGCAACACAAACUGCAGAUUAAAGCCUACGAGGUCUGUUUGGUCCCAGAGGCGAAGAGCCGCAGUUCACGUGCGCAGAGUUGGGCGUGGAGACAGCCCAGCCCCUUCUGCCGGGGCAGGCGGCGCCUGGCUGGUGCUCCAGUGAACCCUGACCACCCCUUGUCAGCAGUGUCCACCCUUCUGAAGCUGCUGGGCCUGUCCCUUGGUGUUGAGUACCUCGGGUUUACUGUCGCCGUUUUCCGUGUCAUUGCUCCCCAUUACUGCAACGUGAGACCAAACCAGAUGUGUGUGACGGUGGUACCCGAACAGAGUGCCGGCUUACCGAAUGGGGCCUUCACCGGUGGUGAGGCCUGA